CGGGCUGCCGGCCGGCCGGCGAGCGGGGGCGGCCGACGGGACGGAGCGGAGCGGAGCGGGGGGAGGCGGCCGCGCAGCGCCAUGUCCGCCUUCGCGCUGGAGGAGACGCUGGAGGCCGACUGGGUGGCCGUGAGGCCUCACGCCUUCCAGGAGCGGGAGAAGCACAAGUUUGUCUUCAUCGUGGCCUGGAAUGAGAUCGAGGGCAAGUUCGCCAUCACCUGCCACAACCGUACGGCGCAGCGCCAGCGCAGCGGCUCCCGCGAGGCCCGCGCCGCCCCCAAGGCCUCCAGCCCCGCGGCGCGCAGGGGCGCCGAGCCCGCCGUGCCGCCCCGCGCCGAACGGGCCGAAGCGCUGCCCGGCAGCCCGCUGCGCGCCCCCAGGGGCGGCCCGGCGCGCAGGCCGGCGCGGGGCGCGGAGGCGGCCGCCGAGGAGAUGGAAGUGCUGGAGCUGGGCAGGGAGGAGGUGGCCGAGGCGGGCGCUCCCGACGCGGAGCCCGCGGGGGAGGAGUGCAGCUGGGCCGGGCUGUUCUCCUUCCAGGACCUGCGCGCCGUGCACCAGCAGCUGUGCUCGGUGAACUCGGAGCUGGAGCCCUACCUGCCCGCCUUCCCCGAGGAGCCCUCGGGCAUGUGGACCGUGCUGUUCGGGGCGCCGGAGCUGUCGGAGCAGGAGAUGGACGCGCUGUGCUACCGGCUGCAGGUCUACCUGGUGCACAGCCUGGACACCUGCGGCUGGAAGAUCCUCUCGCAGGUGCUCUUCACCGAGACCGACGACCCCGAGGAGUACUAUGAGAGCCUGAGCGAGCUGCGGCAGAAGGGCUACGAGGAGGUGCUGCAGCGGGCCCGCCGGCGGAUCCAGGAGCUAUUGGAAAAACACAAAAACACAGAAAGCAUGGUAGAACUGCUUGAACUGUAUCAGAUGGAGGAUGAGGCCUACAGCAGUCUUGCAGAAGCUACCACAGAGCUCUACCAGUACCUACUACAACCAUUCCGAGAUAUGAGAGAACUUGCAAUGCUUAGAAGACAACAGAUAAAGAUCUCAAUAGAGAAUGACUACCUAGGUCCCAGAAGAAUUGAGAGUCUGCAGAAAGAAGAUGCUGAUUGGCAGAGGAAAGCCCACAUGGCUGUACUUUCUAUUCAAGAUCUUACAGUUAAAUACUUUGAAAUAACAGCUAAAGCACAGAAAGCUGUGUAUGACCGAAUGCGAGCAGAUCAGAAAAAAUUUGGUAAGGCAGCAUGGGCAGCAGCAGUGGAACGUAUGGAAAAGCUUCAGUAUGCAGUUUCUAAGGAGACUCUGCAGUUGAUGCGUGCUAAAGAAAUCUGUUUGGAGCAGAAGAAACAUGCACUGAAAGAGGAGAUGCAAAGUCUGAAGGGUGGUACAGAAGCCAUAGCCCACUUGGAUCAGUUAGAAGCUGAUUAUUAUGAUCUGCAGCUUCAGUUAUAUGAAGUGCAGUUUGAGAUCUUGAAAUAUGAAGAGCUGCUGCUGACAGCACAACUUGAAAGCAUCAGAAGACUGAUAUCAGAGAAGAGAGAUGAAGUGGUAUAUUAUGACACUUACGAAAGUAUGGAAGCAAUGCUUGAAAAAGAGGAUCCAGCAACAUCUGUACACUUGCAAAAAGAGGAGCUGCAAAAGUUGCAGCAGAAAAUCCGCCAGCUGGAAGCAAGGCGUGGACGUAUUUCAGCCAAGAAAGCCUACCUCAGAAAUAAAAAGGAGAUUUGUAUUGCAAAGCAUAAUGAAAAGAUCCAGCAGCGUCACCAGAGUGAAGAGGAGUACAAAAUGCACCACAAUGUUCAGCUAAAGCGAGAUCAGCUACAAGAUGAAGAGGAAAGAAAGAGCUCCUGGGUUAGUCAGGAACGACAGAAAACACUGGACAGACUUCGCACAUUUAAACAGCGGUACCCUGGCCAAGUAAUACUUAAAUCAACCAGACUACGACUGGCUCAUGCAAGAAGAAAAUGUGCAGCCAGCUCAGCGCCCUCUGUAGAUCAGCCUCAAUCUUUGCCAGCAACCAUACAAAUCCAAGAGAAAAGUGAAGAGGUGGAAUUGGAAAAUGCAGUUCAGCCUUUGCAAGUGCAGGAAUCCACGAGCUUAGAACAACUUCAGGAUAUCUCGUUACCUCCUAGCAGUGUUACAUCUGAACUGCCUCAAGUUAGUCCUCCUCCAUUCAUCAAUACUGAGCUACAAACAGAGACUGUUAGUGUAGUACCACUUCCACCCCCUUUGCCUCCACCACCUCUGCCUCCACCUCCACCUCUGCCCUCCAAGGAAGAUACCACCAAAUCCUUGGAGAAAAGCGGCAGCUUUGUGAAACGUCAGAGUGAAGAGAAGGGAGUCCAGCACUCUUCCAGUGUCCCAACAGCAUAUCUGUUUGACAGCAGUCAACUAGUCAGUGCCAAGAAGAAGCUUAAGAAGACAGGUGAUCUAGAGGGUUUACAGAGAAGGAGAGUGAGUUCCCCGAUGGAUGAAGUGCUGGCUUCUUUGAAGCGUGGGAGCUUUCACUUAAGAAAAGUGGAGCAGAGGAGUCUCCCUCCUUUUCCUGAUGAAGAUGAUAGCAAUAACAUCUUGGCGCAGAUCAGGAAAGGGGUGAAACUGAAGAAAGUGCAGAAAGAUGUGCUGAGAGAAUCCUUUACAAUUCUGCCCGAUACUGACCCUCUGACAAGGAGCAUCCAUGAAGCGUUACGACGAAUUAAAGAAGCAUCACCUGAGUCAGAGGAUGAAGAGGAGAGUUUGCCUUGCACAGACUGGGAAAAUUAACCUGUGAUAUACAGCCCCUGAAGUGAGAAAAGAAACCCCAGUUGAAGACCACUAUUCCUCUUCAUUUUGAAAAUUCAGAGCCAGCAGUUUUGACCAUCAGUUCCACAGGAGGCUUUCUUUCACAAAGAAAUAGUCUUUCUUUGGGCAAAUGAUUCAGCAUCUGGAAAAAAAAUGGCUUGAAAUGUAGAUUUUUCAGGUCACUUUUUUCAUUAAUUGUUCUAAGAAUUUUGGUUUGAGUAGAAAGCUAAGUUGUUUUGACAUGCAUUUUAUAUAAUCAAGAAUGCCUGACUCUUCAGCACUUUUCAUAUUUGUGUUAGUAGUGUGUGGCCAGUUAAGUGGAGAGAGCAUUUUGAGCUGGAGAAUACUUGCUGUAAAAGGAACUAGUGAUCUGGCUGAAACAACAAAACAGGUAUAAAAUCUACCCUUCACA